AUGGGUAUCAGGCAGCUGUACCAGACUCAACAGAUCUGUGAUGUCACCCUAGUGGCUGACGGGAGAAAGUUCCCUUGUCACAGAACCCUCUUGGCCUCCAUCAGCCUCUACUUCCAGCGCAUGUUCACCAGCACCUUCAAGGAAUCCCAUGAGGGGGAAAUUGUGCUCCUGGAUUUGACUGCUUCCUCCCUCCAGAGGCUCCUGGAUUACGUCUACACAGGAGAACUGCUGCUCCUGUCGGAGGAGGCCGAAGAACUCUUCACAACAGCUAGCAGGCUUCAGAUUACGUCCGCAAUGGAGAUCAUCACCAGAUUUCUCACGGAGAGGAUUUCCAUGGAGAACUGCUUGGAUCUUUACGUGCUGGCCUAUUCCCACAACCACCGGCCUCUCCUGUGCCCAACCUUGCACUACGUCGCCUUCCAUUUUGAGCCCCUCACCGAGUUUGCGGCUUUCCUCUCCCUGGACUUCAGCAUCUUGAUUAGCAUCCUCGCCUCAGAGAUCCUAGAGGUGGACUCUGAGCUGACCGUGUACAGGGCUGUGCGCCGCUGGGUGGGACACAACCCGGGCACGCGCCUCCCAAAGCAGGCGGCGCUGAUGGACCACAUCCGCCUCCCCCUCCUGAGCCCCGAUGAACUUGCUGAGGUACGGGCAGAGACAGAAGAGAUUUAUGAGGGGGUGCGGCUGCCGUGGGAGGAGCUCAGCGUCCAGGAAAGGCUGUGGGCCAGUCGAGGGCUGCGGCAGGGCAUGUACCAUGAUGGAGUCGUCUGCAUUGGUCUCCCCAAAUGGAGCGAGAUGAGCCUGGGAGAGGAGGAGCUGGAUUCUCGCGUCCACUUCUUCGACCCACCCACCGAACAGUGGGAACAGCUCCCCGAUCUCAAAUCGCUGACCUCCCCUAGUUGCAUCUCUCUGGGGCAUAAGCUCUACAUCGCUGGCGGGCAGCACUUAGAUGGCUCCUAUUCAGACAGCCUGCUGGUGUAUGACGCACUUGGAGGCCACUGGUCCCAGCUGCCCUCCAUGUCCACGGCCAGAGCUUGGCAUGCUUUCCUCCUAUGCAGGAAAAGGCUGUACGCCGCCGGUGGAUGGGACAGCACAGGGACCCUUGUGUAUGCAGAGAGCUAUGACUUGGAGCACGAGGAAUGGACGGCCAUCUCCAGCCUUCCGUUUGCCUUGACUUAUUUUGCCUCCACGACGCUCCACAGCAAACUGUAUCUCAUUGGUGGAGAGAUGGAAGACACCAACCUCCCGAUCCCUCACAAAGGAUUCCUGGUGUACGAUGUGGUUUCGGGGGCCUGGUCCCAGAUCCCCAUGGCCUUUGAGUUCUACGAGGCCAGUGCUGUCACGCUGGGCAACUGUAUCUUUGUGGUCGGAGGCCUUUCUGCGGACAGUGCUCAAGGAAACCGCCACUUCACCAGCCGCUGUGUCUGCCUACUUAGAGACGGCACGGUGAAUCAAGACAUCUCUGUCCCCUUGCUCCCCGUUGCAAUCUCUUAUCCAGGUGUUGUCUGCUGGAAGAAGAGGAUUUAUGUAUUCGGGGGUGACAGCAACGAUCAGUAUUCCAGCGCUAUCCUUUACUGGGAACCAGGCCAGCAAAACUGGGCCCAGUGUUCAGCAAAUUUGCCUGACCCCAAUUAUGGGGCGUUUGGGUUUGGCUGCAUACCACUCAAGGUGCCCAGAAAAAACAUCCUUGCUGUCUUCCACAGGGAAUCUGCCACCUCAGUGGCCGAACAGACAGCAGAGAGUUCCAAGCUCUGCCCAGUGGCUAAUCUAACUUAG